UAACUCAGCCGGACGAAUUGUUCGGGCAACUUCUCAAGCGGACUAGACACGGGCACGUCCAAUACAGGGGCAGACUAACUUCUCUUGCGUUGCGAGUUUUCACAGUUUAGUUUGGGUAUUUAAGUGACUAGUUUACAUUUACCAGGUUAACUUAGAGUAAAUUACUUACAAGUCUACAGGACACAAACUGGCUUUGGAUUUCCAAGUCCUACAGAGAGAUAACUCUUUCCUUUCAGCAUCUUUAAAAUUUGACCGGACAGAUCUGGACUGCUACAUGAGUUUUCCCCCCGACAGAUUGACAUCGCAAUAUUAACUACAUCUUUAGGAUUUCAGUUGAGUUUUUGUAUCGCAAUGUCCAACGGUGAUGCGUCGGAUCAGAGUCGGCGGUUCUCUGUCCUGUCCUGGGAUCAGGUGCAGCGCUUGGACUCAAUCCUUGGAGACGCAAUCCCUAUUCACGGCCGCGGAAAUUUCCCUACACUCUCAGUGCAACCCCGACAGAUUGUUCAGGUGGUGCGGGCCCGGCUGGCCCAGCGGGGGGUGGCCGUGCGGGACGUGAGGCUGAACGGCUCGGCCGCCAGCCACGUGCUCCACCAGGACACGGGCCUGGGCUACAAGGACCUGGACCUGAUCUUUGGCGUGUCUCUGCAGGACGACGAGGCCUUCCGGCUGGUCAAGGACGUGGUGUUGGACUGUCUGCUGGACUUCCUGCCCGCGGGCGUCAGCAAGGAGCGCAUCUCGGCGCUGACCCUCAAGGAGGCCUACGUGCAGAAGCUGGUGAAGGUGUGCAACGACACGGACCGCUGGAGCCUCAUCUCGCUGUCUAACAACACGGGCAAGAACGUGGAGCUGAAAUUCGUGGACUCGCUGAGGCGGCAGUUUGAGUUCAGCGUGGACUCCUUCCAGAUCUGCCUGGACUCCCUGCUGCUGUUCGACCGCUGCUCUGAGACGCCCAUGUCGGAGAGCUUCCACCCCACCGUGCGCGGCGAGAGCGUGUACGGGGACUUCCGCGAGGCCAUCGGCCACCUCUCCCGCAAGGUCAUCGCCACGCGCAACCCCGAGGAGAUCCGGGGCGGCGGGCUGCUCAAGUACUGCCACCUGCUGGUGCGGGGUUUCCGCCCGGCCUCGGAGACGGAGAUGAAGCAGCUGCAGCGCUACAUGUGCUCGCGCUUCUUCAUCGACUUCUCCGACAUCCAGGAGCAGCAGAGGAAGCUGGAGGCCUACCUGCAGAACCACUUUGGCGGCAUGGAGCACAAGCGCUACGAGUGCCUGGUGACGCUGCACGGCGUGGUGAACGAGAGCACCGUGUGCCUUAUGGGUCACGAGCGGCGGCAGACGCUGGGCCUCAUCUCGGCGCUGGCGCUGCGCGCGCUGGCCGAGCAGAACGCCAUUCCCACCGUGGCCAACGUCACGUGCUUCUACCAGCCGGCGCCGUACGUGCGCGACGUCAACUUCAGCAAUUAUUACGUUGCGCACGUGCAACCGCCCCUCAUCCAGGGUUGCAGCAACUCCUACCAGACGUGGCUGCCCUGCAACUGAGCUGCUUAGCAUGUGUGUGUGUGUGUGUGUGUGUGUGUGUGUGUGUGUGUGUGUGGGGUGGGAGGGGGGCAGGGGAGAGAUCUGGCAGGGGAGAGAUCUGGCUCCCAUACCUCCCUCUGUCUCAGGGGAUGAGAAGGCGGAGGAGUUGGAAGACUGGUUCCAUUGCUCUUUGUUCUUCAAAGAAAGAAAAAAGUAAAGGACAAAAAAACGGAAAAAAAACACAAUGGAAAUGUAACUUUUUUUUUUGUUGCCAAAUGUGACUUGACUGAAGCGAUCCUUUACUGCUGUAUAAGUGAUCUGAGCCGACAUGUAUUCUUCUCAAUUCUAUAUUUCUCCUGCAGAUCGUUUGUACGACCAAUGGUCCUUUUUGUCAGACGUAGAGAAAAUUUUGGAGUGUGUCCAUAUUUAAGUGAAAGGAGUCUUUAUGAGGUUAUAUACGUGUCCGUUUAAUGAUCAUUUUCUAUGAAGCUCUUUUAUUUUCAUACUCUGGCUUCAGUUGACCUUUUUCUAAAUGACAUUUACAGGACCAAAGAUUUAUUUUUGUUGUUGAGAAGGGAACAUUGUUGUGAUUCCAAGUGCCUAAAACAAACCAUGAAAUGUACUAAAACACUGUAAUGCGAGAGCGGUGCUUUUUAAAGCGAUCUGUGUUUCCUAGGUAACUCCAACUGUCUUUUCAGGGACAGAGGCAUUCAAAUUCAUGCAAUUAAAAAUACCAAAAAACCGAA